GACCCUCUACCUGUUUUGAAUGGGUUCUCAGUAAUGUUUGGUGUGUUCGUCAUGGAUGUGAAAAUAACAACAGUCUUCGGUCAUGUCAGAGUCGGAUAAUAAAGAGUCACCAUGUACACAGACACAAUGGACACCGUCGAAAUAUUCGAUACGCUAUAAUAUAAAGCAGAGUGAUUUUGCCUAAUGACAUCGAAACCAAAGGCCCAGGUAGCACCUCUGCCCUGGACUGAAAUCCUUGCUUAUUGGGUGCUGUCUUUUGGAUCUCAUCUGUACUCUUUCUAUGAACUGCACAUAUUUUCCAAAGAGCAUGAAGCAAGAUUAGAGAGAGAAUUCCAGCUGGAAAAAGGGCUUGUAAAUCAUUUCAAGGACCACACAGACUUUGAGUGGAGUUUCUGGACUGAAUGGGCAAAGAAAUCUUUAUUGUGGAGUUUGUUCUGGCAUGGUGUGAUCUCAAGGUUGACCAGCAUAUUUUACCCCAAGCUCAGGGUGCCAGCUCUCACCAUUUUUGGCCUUGCAGCAGCCAGCAGACUAUUGGGCAUAAAAGGUGUAAUUGUACUGCUGGUACAUCUUGGCCUUUCAUUUUUAGUAGCACAGCUUAGAAGACCUGCUCUGUGUUGGGCCUGUAACCUACUGCUGCUCUCCACCCUGCAUUUUCAAACACUACAAGACAUCCAGAGGGGCUGGUAUGAGACCGAGGAGGAGUACUAUCUGCUUCUCUUCAGUGUUGCUGUCUGUGGUUUACGCUUCAUCAGUUACAGCCAGGAGCACUGCUGGUGCCCUGCACAACCUGGUGGAGCAGUGCAGUUCUGUUGGUUGUUAUCAUACACUUUCUAUCACCCCUUUUUCUACAAUGGACCUAUUAUCACUUACAAAGACUAUAUUCAGCAGAUGCAGAGCCCUGCUGAGGACACCGACAGAAAUGGAGCCACGUUAGGUUUCUUGAUGCUCAGGACCGGACGCAUCCUAGUGUGGUGGUGUAUCGCAGAAUAUAUGAUUCACAUGAUGUACAUGCACUCCAUCCAGAGCAAUGAGACCUAUUUAGAGAUUCUUCCUCCUUGGGCUUUGGGUGGUCUGGCCCUGGCCCUGGUCCAGUUCUUCUAUGUGAAAUAUCUUGUACUAUUCGGCCUUCCGUCCAUGUUGGCUACAAUGGAUAAACUUGUUCCCCCAAGGCUUCCUCGCUGUGUCAGCAUCAUGUACAGUUUCACAGGGAUGUGGAGGCAUUUUGAUGAGGGCCUCUAUCGAUGGCUCAUCAGAUAUAUCUACGUGCCACUGGGCGGUUCCCGGCAUGGUCCUCUGUGGAAAGUGUUCUCCACUGGCCUGGCGUUUGGAUUUGUCUGCCUGUGGCACGGCGGCCAUGACUACUUACAGUACUGGGCACUGAUGAACUGGGCUGGAGUUCUGGUGGAGAAUGGAUUCAAGUCUCUCUUUGUGUCAUCAUUUAUUCAUUCUCUUAUUGAGCAGCAUUUCUCUGCUGCCAUGAAAAGGCGUUGCAUUGCCCUUCUCUCUGCCUUCUCCACUGCCAUGCUCAUCCUCUCUAAUCUGGUGUUCCUCGGGGGGAUCCAUGUUGGUAGAAUCUUCUGGAAGCGAGUCUUCAUUCAAGGCUGGUCGACCAUGGCCCCGCCUAUGUUGGCUUUCCUCUACUGUUUUGCUCAGAUCGGACUGGAGUGGACUUCUCACCCACCAUGAGUCACCUUGACUUUGCUUUACAGUCAGAAUCUCAGCCACCGGAUGACCACAAGAACCCACUGAGUCCGAUGCCUCGUCUUUACCAGCCGGAGGCUCUGUGGUGAAUCUGGCUCAGGCCCAGAGACCUGGUCCAAACCUGGCUGAGCGGAUACUUUGAUAACUUGUGAGAUAUCACAAACUAAGACCUACAGAGCCAGUGUUUAUUCUUUUUAAUGAGAGUAUUUCUUUUUAUUUUAGAACACAAGUGCACAUGUACUAUACUUUAACACACUGGCUCAUACUGAAAAUUGAGCCUGUUUUAGCUGCAUUCACACACAUUUUCUACUCGAUUAGCUUCAUUUGAAUCACUGCAUUUCUAAGAAACUAUUAAAGUAAAUAUAUGGACCCUGAA